AUGGAAGGCGCUCAGGGUCCGGGAGCUCAGAGUGGCGGCGCUUCCAGUCCGGUCGCGAGCAUCAGACCCGGCAGCAGCAGCUUCAAGAGGAAGAGGAGCGGCGUGGAGUUUGAGAGCAGCCCGGGCAGUCAAGGAGAGGACAAUGACGAGGAGGCCGAGAGGCGACGACACCCCGGGGUGAAGAGGGCCUGUAACGAGUGUCGGCAGCAGAAGCUGCGCUGCGAUGUCGUCCAAGACCCCUUCACCCCCUGCUCGCGCUGCAAUCGACUGAAGCUGGACUGCAAGAUCGAGUCGAACUUCAAGCGCAUUGGCAAGAGAAGCAGGAACGCCGAGAUGGAGAGGGAAAUCGAGCGUCUGCGGAGACUCCUCCACCGAGCCCGCGCGCAAGGAUUCAUAUGCGACGAGGACGAGGAGACCGAGUCCCUAUCCCCAUUGGCAAACGCCCCCUCAGCAUACUCCCUCUCCCGCGGCAACCAUCAGUCGUUUAUGGGUUCCGAAGAGGCCGUCUCGUCCCUCCUGCGCUUGAAGCGGAGCGGCUCACACCCAUUGCCACACUAUGCUCAUGAGCUUGAGAAUGUCAGACUUACGGAACAGAGUGUCCAUGACCUGUUCCGCCAUUUCUGGCAGUGCUAUCACCCAUUCCUACCGUUCCUGGACCCCCAGCAAGCGCCCGAUGCGUACUACGCCCAACAUCCGCUGCUCUUCUGGUCUAUCGUGACAGUUGCGGCGCGUCGAUACACGGCUGACCCGGGCCUGUUGACGGCCGUAACGGGACCAUUGACGAGACUUCUCUGGCAGACGGUCGGAGACGUCCCCGCCAACCACUACAUUGUCAAAGCCCUCUGCCUAAUCUGCACCUGGCCUCUGCCGACGAGCACCACCUCUACGGAUCCUACCCACAUCCUCUGCGGGGUGAUGAUGAAGACUGCCACUGGCAUUGGUCUGCAUCGACCGAACAACACCCAGGACUUCUCCCGCGUGUCCAUCGACCUGAACCGGGAGCAAUUGCACGACCGGGUAGUCACCUGGGCGGUGUGCAACGUGGUGGCACAAACCAUCGGCACUGGCUAUGGUCAACCAGCCUCCACCCUGUAUGACUGGACGCUCGCGGUCAGACCAGGCGAGAAUGGGCCCUUCACUCUGUCGCAAGAACUCGAGGCUCGUCUUCAGAUCGAGCGUUUCUGCGACAAGGUCUCGAAAGAGAUGUACAGCAAUGCUAGCGACCCCCGAGGCGUUGCAGGGGACGAACUGAGAGCCAUGUUGACCAGGGUAUACAAGCGAGAAUAUCAGGAGCUUCGCGUCUCCGUCCUCUCCCGACAAGACAUCUCGCCGGUCGUUCAGCUGCAUCUCCGAGCCGCGGGACUCCACUUGCGACUAUCGGCCUUCUUCGACUCGAGUUCCACCCCCGGCUACAUUGGCGACUUGAUGGGCCUGUGGCUCGCCUGUGUCGACUUCCUCGACUAUGUCGUCCAGCUCGAUGAUAACCCUGACCCCGUCACUGGCACCAUGCUCCGCUAUGCUACCAACUACAUCCUGCAAAUGAUCGAAGCCGGCGUCUUCACGAUGCUGAAGCUCCUCAGCUCCUUCUUUGCUGCCCAUAUCGACUUCGACCGUGGCCGCCUCCUCUUCCAUCGCACGAUCCGGGUCAUCCGGAGCAUGAGUAUAAUCAACAACGACCUCCCCUGGCGCCUGGCCGAACUCAUGGUGCAGAUGUGGAACGGCGCACGUGUGGAGCAGCGCGGCUGCGAAAAGCAGCAGAUGGCCAAUAGCGGCAACCACGGUCACGACACCCGUACCGUCGUUGACGACAGCCUGCAGCUCAAGGUUCGCUGCCGGAUGAGCAUGAGUCUCAUGUUCGACAGCAUUUGGCGCUGGCGCGAAGAGUUCCAGGCCCAGGGCCGCGGCAACCUUGAAGGUCAGCUACCCCAUGGCAUUCCCCUCCUCCCCCAUGGCUCCUCACUCCAAGCUAAUGAGUAUCGUGUAGCAGCCGUGAAGAACCCGACGAACCCGGACUCGGCAGCCGAAUCUUCCGCCUUGUCGACGCACAUAGAACCCACGACCAUGCCACCCGUCCACCAGCUCCAGAACCAGCUCGUCAACACUGUGAGCUCCGUGACGCCGGCUAGCCAUGUCCUGCCGAACGGGAUGGAGGGCGGCAUGAGCUAUUGCGAGAGCAGCUACGAGGUUUUUGAUCCGCUGAACUGGAUGCUGGACGGUUUGCUUGAAUUGCCGUAUUCCUACGCGGCCGUACAGGGUGUGGAGCCGAAUGGGAUGGGCUGA